CAAAUGUAUUUGUGUAGGGGAACUAUUCUGCUUAAAUAUUUUACAUUAAUCCUUGUAAUCAUCUUUCUGCAAACAUGCAAUGCUAGGAAGAGCAAACCCUACUACUGUCCUUCUUCUGCUUGUGGCCAUAUCCGUAACAUAAGCUACCCUUUUCGCUUAAACACUGAUCCAGAACAUUGCGGAUAUGGUCCAGCAUUUGAGUUAGAUUGUGAAAGUAACCAAACAGUCAUAUGGUUAUUCUCCAAGAAAUUUUACGUUCAAGCCAUCAACUAUAAUAAUCAGACAAUUCACCUGGUAGAUCCAACUUUACAAACACAAGAUGAUCUAUGCUCUUUCAAACCUCAGUAUAUCUUGUUCAACAAAGCCAAUACAAUCUUCCACUCAUACUAUGUAGCAGAUCCCAUUUUCAUGAUCAACUGUCCAUUUGCUGUUAAUAAUUAUUCGACAUUUGUGGAAAUUAUUGGCUGCAAAUUAAGCAGACACACUUAUUUAAAGAUUGGAGUUAUAGAUGCUUCUGCACUCAGUGAUGGAUGCAGAGUGGAAUUUAUAGGCUGGACCUCAUGGCCUAAUAAUAUUUAUACAGAGAACAACAUUUCCCUUUCUGAUUUUCAUCAAGCCAUCCUCUACGGAUUUGAGCUUCGUUAUUAUCUGCGGAGUUCUCCACAAAGGAUAAGUUUUAUUGAAUAUAUUCUCGGUGUUCUUCAAUGGAUUCACUGGACCAGUCUAGUGCUACUUCAGCUUUUCUUGAGAAGUUACUUCGUUAUGACUUCUCAAAUGUGCAGAGUACUAUUUCGGAGCAAAAUUUGUGAUCUUCCUUCCGUAAGUAAUUGUAUUUCUGCUGAUCAAAUUCAAAAGAAGGCAUUUGUCCAUGUAUGAUACUAUUGAAGGAUUUUUGCGAACACAAAAUAAUUUCAUGCCAAUCAGAUAUAAUUACUCUCACAUAAAGAGAAUGACCAGAGGAUUCAAAGAGAAAUUAGGUGAGGGAGGUUACGGCAGUGUAUACAAAGGAAAACUUCGAAGUGGAAGGGAUAUAGCAGUGAAGAUGUUGAACAAGCCUAAAGCUGGUGGUCAGGACUUCAUGAAUGAAGUAGCUACCAUUGGAAGGAUUCAUCAUGUCAAUGUGGUUGGACUUGUUGGAUAUUGUGUUGAG